AUGGGAUUUUUGUUUGAAAUAAUUAGUGAAGUAAAUAACAACGAAAAUCUUAAGAAAUACAAUACUGAAUUACCUAAAACACUUAAUAAAAUUAAACAAGCGCUAUAUAAUGGUAGAGAGAAAUUCAACACCCAUAUGCCCCUUGUCAGUCAAGGUGUUGCGAGGUGGUUGAAAGAGGUGAAUGAAAAACAUCAAAGUGUGAUUACACCUCUAGAACAUUUACUACGCUUAGUCAAUAAUCACAUGUCAAUUGAUAUGAGUGCAAUCAUUGUUACAGAACAGUUGCAUAAUUGGCAAGGCUUUUCCAGUCUCUACGUUGAAAAAAUUAUAGAAGCUGAAAAAGCUCUACAUAAUGUUGACGAAAAUUUAGAAAUUAAAUUGGCACCUAAACUAGACUUGAUAAAACAGGUGGCACAAAAUUUUUGGUCAUCCGUUAUUGACCGAUCCGUGACAAAUUCUGUAGAGACGCUGUACAAUAAGUUAACCAGCAUUCCGCAAACCCUCACUAAACGUAUAUCUGCUAAAACACAAACCGUGCAAAGCACUCUCAAUGUAAAGUUUGAUAAGAUCGCAGCAAAUAUUGAGAAUUUUAAAAAAAUAAAAAACAGUCAAAUUCAGUCAAUCAACAGUGCUGUGUCGGCAGCCAAUCAACACAUUGUCGAACUGAUUGGUGAUUCCCAAAACGGUUUCGAUACGAAUUAUAAGAAUCAGAUAUCCAAAAGAUUCACUGCUCUGCGGAAUGAAAUUGAACGUUUCGUAAAGAAAGAUUCCGGUAACACGACUGAGCUUCUGAAGCAAUUCGAAAUGGUCACCAAUGGCAUCCGAGAGCUGCAAGUAAACGUUCAAGGGGAUUUACAAAAGCUGAAAAAUGACAUUACUGCACUUGCCGACACAGUAUACAGUGAUGAUCGUAACCCGCUUGUUAACGAUGCGUUGACCCAGCUUAAAAACGACAUGGAAACACUUAGGAAUACGACAGCAGCAAUCACAGCCAAGUCUGACAGUUUGCAGCGUCAAUAUACAGAGUCGUGCAAGGAGACAAUUGAUAUAUUUGCGAAUCAGUACGGCAAAUUGAGAGAGUCCAUUUACGGUCCGGGAUCUAAGUCAGUCACCGACAUCAAGAAGGGCUCCAUCGCUCAUCUUGUCACUGAACUUAUUGAUGCUAUUGGUGCCGUGGAUGUCGGGAUACUAGAUAGCGCCGUCACCAAAUUCCACGGUGAUGUUACACAGAGGAUAAAAGAUGCGGCAGAUAAGGCUGUUGAAAAGGCAGCUGAUCAAUUUAAAAUGAAAGGUGACGGUGAAGCUCAGAUAGACGUGACAUCCAUAAUGGUUCUAUUUGAUGGCGCCAAAACGGCGCUUGAUCAAGCCGCUUCUUCGGUAAAUGUACAACUUGAGGCUCUGAAAGAAGUGCCCGGCGUCGUCGAAGAAUCUCGACAGGGUGCUGAUACACUGAUGGAUAAGCUAAAAGGUGAGCUUGAUGUGCUUCAAUAUCAAAUUAAGGCAAUAGAGGAGCCUGUGAACGCUGCCAAUGCAGUCUUAGAUGCUGCAAUAUCACAGCUACCAACAUCUUUACAAGAUGCUCAAAGUACCGCCAACGUUACUAUGUCCUUGCUCAGAAGUGAUCUUCAAGCGACAACAAAUAAAGCCUUCAACGACUUGGAAGAGCACGUCCAGAAAAUGUUUGCCGAGCAAAAAAAAGCAGAGUUGCGUGCUGUCUACACA